GGUCGCAGAAGAGUCAACAUGUCAAUACUCCAUCCUCCACGAUGUGAAGGAUGCACAUCGCUUGCUUUGCACCGUGGGCGAUGGGAUUUAUGAAGUGGUUUAAAUAAUGCAUAGUUAUUAACUAUUAUUAUUAUUUCAGCACUAUUGUACAAUUCCUCAUUGUUACAUUAUGAAAAAAUAAUUCAUUCAUUAUAGUUGGCAGGUCAGAUGUCACAACUUUGAGGCUGCCGUGAAUGAAGAGAAAGUGACUACGCCAGCGAAAUGACGACACUUUCUUCCAUUGAUGUCCUAUUUCACUCCACAUCCCUCGCUCAAACUCACUCCGAGGUCGUCACAUUACUUAAAAAGAUUCGCCAUGAUCCAAACUCCGAGCACGUGACCUCUUAGGUUAUCCGUUUAACAACUUUGUCCGGGGGAAGGUAACCCAUGCCACGGACAUCGCCUGCUACGUGAUCCAACAUAUGCAUCUUUCACCCGUAAGUUAUCGUCAUGCUAAUCUCUCAGAUAUUUUUUUUAGAUAUUUUGCAAGUUUUAAGAAUGGACUAAAAAAGCAUGUCCUAAAAUACUACUGCUGCUACAGAGAGAAUGAAUAUAAGCAUCAAAUUCUGUUGUGGGGAGUUGUGUACAUGACACAUUAUCUUUAUGCACAAAUCACAAAUGCACAUUGUACUCGAGUUUACAAACAUUUGUCAUUUUUAUCAAUUGUCAACAAUUGAGUUAUCAAUAAACUCCACAGAACUGCUUCCCUGUUGACAUUGUCCAUCAUUAUGUCCAUGCAUUAGUAUACGGCUUGACCGCAUUGCGUAAUUAUGGCUCUUCUCAGCAUUCGUGUACUCCUCGCUUGCUGCCUUCUCCUCACCCAAAGUUUCUCAAGGGCAGAGGAGAAACAAAGAGAUUCCUGCAAAGACGUUUCCAAUCAGCCGGCGUGGGUGGACGAAUUUCAUGACGCCUGCUUCAAGACCCGUACCGACAAAUUGGAUCAUCCAAAAGGAUGGCACCAUACCUGCAAGGUCAGAAUGAUUCACGGGAAAGGGGACCUGAUAGUGAGCGCACUGACCAAAAUGACCAAGGUGGACGUGGAUUUCGGCGAUGGUUCCCCGAAGGAAGCCCCCACAGAAAUCAAAAUCACGACCAUGCUCCGCAGUGCCGGGAAGAAGGGGGUCACCCUCAUCCAGUGUCACAAGGACGGGUCCAAGAUUGUGGAAGUGGUUUCCGCCUACAACACCACCGGCGCGGACGAACCCUUCGCCAACCUGAUGAAGUUUAGCCUCCCGACCACCGCUCUGGCCGACUGCUACAAAGUCAAACCAUUAUCUGAGGAUCCGGAAACACAGAAAAUCCAUGUCUUGGAAAAGAGCUGUUAGAAUAAUUAUGCCACCUUUCGCAACAUUAAAUCCAACUGAGCCGUUUUCUGCUUUCUCUCCUCAUA